UACCAUACUCAGAUCAUUUGAGCUUGCCAUGCACUUUUGUUUUCGUCGUCACGGACGCGACGACGAUUAUCUCGAAUUUCUGAAUAUCUGCUGAAACGAAAUGACUGAUAACAAUUUUCAAUGGCUCACAUAAAGACGUAUGCACGAAUCAAACCCACUGGAAAACCAUCAAAACGUCUGGAUCACGAAUCUACCAAUGUAGCCAUCAGCGUUCCUCAGCUUCAGCCCAGCGGUCAGACCAGGGACUGUACGGCCACGCUGACCCAUCAGUUUGAGUUUGCAGGAGUCUUUGGACCAACGUCCGCCCAAGAUGAGGUCUUUGACUCUGUGGCUUCCCACAUCGUAGAUGGUUUUCUAUCUGGUUACAAUGGCACUAUAUUUGCAUACGGGCAGACGGGCUCUGGGAAGACAUUCACCAUUGAAGGGGGCGCUAAAUCCUACUCAGAUCGGGGUCUUGCACCAAGAGCUUUAUCAAGAAUCUACAAAUCUCUGGAGAAUCAAAAGUUCGACGAACUCUCCAUCAAAGUUUCCUACCUGGAGAUUUACCAGGAAAUUGGAUACGACCUUUUGAACCCUACGACAAGACCCGGAAACGUUGUCACACAUCUACCCAAGGUCAGUGUCACCGAUGGACCAAACAACUCUUGCAUCGUACGCAACCUCUCUACACACCUAGCAGCCGAUGAACGUGUUGCUCAAUCACUUCUCCUGCAAGGUCAGGCAAGCAGGAAGGUUGCUGAGACUCCCAUGAACCAACGAUCCUCCAGGUCCCAUGCUGUCUUUACUAUUUAUGUCAAGACCCGACAGAAGGGCUCCCAUGCAGUUAAUAUGUCAAAGUUGCAUCUUGUGGAUCUGGCUGGCUCCGAGAGGGUAGCGAAGACGAAGAUCGCCGGUCAGCAGCUUCAUGAAGCCAAGUCCAUCAACCUUUCUCUUCAUCACUUGGAAGGGGUCAUCAUCGCAUUGCAGGGAGGUCACGGAGAGGGGUCGAGGGUCAAAGGUCGUAGGAGAGCUUUGAGUGCUGGUCCAGUCAGGAACCGAAGGGUUGGGAGUGCCUCAAGCACACGUUCCUUGCCAUAUCAUAGGUCCAUGUCCGUGGGUGGUCAUCGUCAUGUACCGUAUCGUAACUCCUUACUCACUAUGGUAUUGAGAGAUAGCCUUGGAGGAAACUGCCUGACAGCGAUGAUUGCGACCAUAUCAGCUGAGGAGAUCAACCUGAGUGAAUCUUUGUCAACUUGUCGGUUUGCCAUGAGGGUAGCUGCCAUUCAGAACAAGAUCAGUCGUAAUGAGGUCAUCGAUGACAAAACGAUCAUUGCUAGGUUAAGGAAGAAGAUUGCCAACCUCGAAGAAGAAAUCCUUGCCCUCAAAAGAAAGAUUAGUGAAGAUCAUCAUCGGAAGAUUGAGGCAUCCAGUGAGUCUACCACCACCAACAAUCAUCCAGCUGAAUCCACCUCUCAAACCACUUCAUCAUCAUCUUCAUCUAUAAAAGGCCCUUCCUCAUUGGCUGAUGCCCCCAAGCCUUUGGUUGCACCAGCCAAUGGGAGUGGUCUUACCAGGGAAGGAAGGCAGCACUGUGCUAGAAUCAUGCAAGGGUUUGUGAGUGGCAGAGUGACUGAUCCGGUUUCAUCUGGUGUAUCAGAUUUCUCCAGUUUCCGAGAGUGCUUGAGGAUUCUUAGGGAGAUGAUCCACCGGUCGUAUGCUUACCAUCAGAGAUACAACCCCGCCCUCCUCACUGAGCAACAGCAAGGGUCAAAGGUCAGAGGGUCAGAACAGGAUACUCCUGAUGUGAAGAGGUCACCUGAAGGAGUGAAGGUCAAGUCAAGGUCAAGUAAUGAGAAAGGGCAAUCCAAGAGUUACAAGUCGCCGUUUGAGAGGAAAAGGGAGAAAGAAAUCUCGAAGCUGACCAAGAAUGUCGAGACUCAGAUUGCAGAACAGAAACAGCAACGGAAAGAUCUGAUGGAAUUCAAAACCCUUCUCAAACAACAGCAGUUGGAGAAUGCUCUUAGAGACUUAAGCAACAAGAUCAGCAUGACAACAGACCACUUAGAGAAGCAACAGGAGUUGGUAGAGAAUUUACGGCAGUGCAAAGCAAGCAGGGAACAGAUAACAGCUGAGAAGAUUGCACAGAAGCAGCUGGCAAAGAGACUAGCUAAGUACGAGAAGAGAUAUCAGCUCGCUCUAGAGCACCUCCAGAUCGUCCGCAACCACAUCGAGCUUCAGGACAGAGUCUCUAAGGCAAGACAAUCAACCAAUCACAACACUUCUACCAGACAGGAUAUCCUCAGCCAGGAUGUCAUCAGCCAAUCGGAUUCAAGUUCCCAUCCUUCUAGUCAGUCUGAACCAGCAUUUCGUCCCACCGGGCUCAUAUCCUCUCCAAGGCGAGGGACCCAUCGGUCUGGCCAAUCAGAAGUCAUGUUAGAUAGGAUUGGGGUGGAGGAUGACCAAUCAGGAAGCUUGACUGAUAGGGUCGUGGAGAGAUGCCGACAUAAGAGCGGGAGAGUGGACUCCAAGAGGGUCCUGGAUAUAUUGAAGCAGGAGGAUAGCAAACGUAACAAGGCAGCUAAGGAGAUAAAAGAGCAGCGGAUAAAAAACUUUACGCAACACUUCGCUCUCAAGGAAGAAGCUACACUCACAAAACUACAGCAUUUUAAAGAGCAACUCCGUAAGCAGCAAGAAAGUGAACAAUGGCGAAGUAAUUCUUCAUUGAGCAUGAGCCAAUCAUGGGAUGGUCAUGUGAACACUGCAUGGUCUGAUGAUGUCUCAAUGGAGAGGUCAAGAACGAGCCAAUCAGCAGCUGAUCCUGCAUUCAACAUGAGACAGCCAUGUGGUGAUCAUGUGGACACUGCAUGGUCUGAUGAUGUCACAAUAGAGAUGCCAGGGAUUGACCAAUCAGGAGCUUUUGAUUCUGCAAUAAAUGAUAGUGAAUCUGCUAAUGAUGUAGGAAAGAAUGUGAUCAAUGAACGGCAUGAGAAGAACCAACCAGCCAGAUCCCCAGAAAACUUUGUAAAUGAGGAUUCUCAAAAGCAAAAUAUCCCUCUUCAACCGUCUUCCUCAUUUCAAAAAAUUGUUUCCAAGGAAAAUCUUCCUGACAUUUCAUCAAAGAAGGACAACAAAAUUGCUGCUGAACCUGCUCAUGUUGAUACAGUUGUCCAGAAUUUGCAUGCAUUCAAUGUCCCGCAGGAAAGAUCACCUCAUAAGACGUCUUUAGAAGAUCCAUCUGCCAAGACGAUAGCCUUGACUAGAGAUUCUUUAUACCAUGGAGGAGAUACCACUUCUGUUCAGGUGUCUGACGUCACCACUGGCAGUUCUGCCAGUGUGCAGUCUCUAUUGUCCCCACAUAAUUCUAUGCUGCAUAGUUCUCCUCUUGGUAAAGAUACUGAAAGUAGUUCUUUUGGAGAAGGAACCAUCCAUGUUGGCCAAGAGUCAAAGAUGUCUUCAGUGCUUUUAGGAAGAUCUUCUACUCCUGGAAUGUCAGUUGGUGAUGGACCAGCUCUAAGCCAUUCUGCAGAUUCCAUCGUCCAUGAACCACGUGGAUUGCCAAAACAGUCACCAGAUCGGACCUUGACCAAUCCUAGAAGUUCCUUUGAUGCAGCAUUGUCUUCCAUGCUCCGCCAGGAUAAAUCAACAGUCAGCCCUCCAGUCCUUGAGGACACCAUACUCAAAGCACAACAUAGUGGAGAUGUCACUCUAGCACUGAAGACAAAGCUCCUUGAUUACUUGGGUGGUAAACCUAUGAGAGGUCCUUCAGUCAGCAGUGUGGCCUCUCUCCAGAAUGGCUGUUCAAAGUCUUCCAUCAACAGGGGAUUCACAGGGUCUUCUAUGCAGCGUGAUGCCUUCAGGAGUUCUACCAGCAAUAGCCUUACUACAGGGUCUUCCAUUGGUACUGUCACCAGAGAACCAUCCUUGGACAGCUUCUUUGCAGAAUCUUCCAUCAACAGUGGUUUUACAGGGUCUUCCUUGCAGAGUGAUGUCUUUGGGCGAUCAUCCAGCAAUAGCCUCGCCACAGGGUCUUCUGUUGGUACUGUCACCAGAGAACCAUCAUUUGCAGAAUCUUCCAUCCACGGUGCCUUUGACAGAUCGUCAUGGAACAGUGCCUUUGAAAGUUCUUCUCCAAACAGAUCAUUUGACAGAUCUUCAGUACAUAGUGGCCAAACAGGAUCUUCCAUUGAUAGAAAUAUAGUCACAUCUUCAAAACCCCCUACUUUUCAAAUAGGUGCUUCCAGAUCAACACUGAACAGCAUAGGCGAGGAGGAGUCCAUUAAUCCAAGAGGGGGAGAGGAAGCUAAACAAGCCUUCCUCCAAAGUAAUUUGUCCAUCAGUUCUCUUGGCAACCAGGUAGGGUUCAACAAUGAAAGGCCUGCGGUCAAAGCAAUGGCAGAGGCAGAAGGUCAAAGGUCAUAUAUAUCAGCAGCCAAGGAAAAUAAAGAGCGUAUUCAGAAGAUCCGAAAGGCAAUAAGAUCAGCGGAAGUUAUCCAAAGAGCUUGGAAGAAAUAUCGUGCUCAAAGGAAAUAACUAUUCCAAGUUCUUGCCCAAAGUAUAUUUCAAUGUUCCCUGUUUGGAUGUAAUACUAAUCAUAUUGUAGUAACUAUUGCUAAUGUUAAAUUGUUAUUCCUACUUUGUACGCGCUAUGGUACUUUUUGUUUUUAGCGCCUCUAAAUACCCAUAUAGGAGUGCCUUUCUUGUAACAUUGAUUCACUUAUCACAAAUAGUAGGAUUUACAUGCAUAUGCCUGUCAAUGAUAAAGAUUAAAAUCCGAAGUUUGGUUUUCCUCUUCCCUAAUGGGAAUAUAAAUGAGUGAGAAUCUGGGGAGCGUUUCAUCAAUAUUUUCAUCCGACUAGUUGUCAGAUCUGACAUCUUUCCAUGAUUUUGAUUGGCU